CACCUGAAGGUGAAGAGAAGCCAUUUUGUGAAUAACUUUCCAGUCUACAGUUACCACAAUGGCAUCCUGGGGCAAGAAUCGCCUUUCAUCUCACAUGACUGCCACUAUGAAGGCUACAUAGAAGGAGUGUCAGGUUCUUUUGUUUCUGUCAACACCUGUGCAGGUCUCAGGGGCAUCCUGAUUAAGGAGGAAAAAUCUUACAGCAUUGAGCCCAUGGACUCUUCAAGACGGUUUGAACACGUGUUAUACACCAUGGCACAUGAAGCGCGAGUCUCCUGCGGUGUCACUUCCAGAGACAGCCAGGUGGUGUCCACUAGCUGGCAACAAGGGAGCAGGAAGCCUCGUGAUCUACAGGCGCUGUCCUACUUGUGGUCACACACCAAGUACGUGGAGAUGUUUGUCGUGGUCAACAACCAGCGGUUCCAGAUGUGGGGCAGUAACAUCAAUGAGACGGUCCAGAGAGUAGUGGAUGUCAUUGCUCUGGCCGACAGCUUCACUAGGGGAAUAAACACAGAGGUGGUGCUGACCGGAAUGGAGAUUUGGACCGAGGGGGACCUAAUAGAUGUCGCAGUGGACUUGCAAAUCACACUCAGGAAUUUCAAUCGCUGGAGACAAGAGAUGCUCUUCCGUCGUGCGAAGCACGAUGUUGCCCACAUGAUCGUCGGGCAUCAUCCUGGACAGAAUAUGGGCCAGGCCUUUCUCAGUGGUGCCUGCUCAAGCGGUUUUGCGGCAGCUGUUGAAUCCUUCCAUCAUGAAGAUGUGCUGUCGUUUGCAGCCCUGAUGGUCCAUGAGCUCGGGCACAACCUGGGUAUUCAGCACGACCACUCGGCCUGCUUUUGCAAAGAGAAGCACUUUUGCCUCAUGCAUGAAAAUAUCACAAAAGAAAGUGGCUUCAGCAACUGCAGCUCUGACUACUUCCACCAGUUCCUUCGAGAACACAAAGGGGCCUGCCUAUUUAACAAGCCACGGCCCAGGGGCCGCAAGCGUAGGGAUUCUGCCUGUGGAAAUGGUGUGGUGGAGGACACGGAGCAGUGUGACUGUGGUUCUGCCUGUCACCUCGACCCAUGCUGUGAUCCCACAUGUACUCUGAAGGAGCAUGCUGAGUGCAGCCAUGGCCUCUGCUGUCUGGACUGCGCUUUCAGAAGGAAGGGGUUUUUAUGCCGUCCUACUCAGGAUGAGUGUGACCUCCCAGAAUAUUGUGACGGUAGCUCUGCAGAAUGCCCUGCAGACAGCUACAAGCAAGAUGGCACGUUGUGUGAUAGAAUUCACUAUUGCUCUGGGGGUCAGUGUAAGAACCCUGAUAACCAAUGUGUGAAUAUAUAUGGGUACCCUGCAAGAUCUGCCCCGGAAGAGUGUUACAUUUCAAUGAAUACCAGAGGAGACCGGUUUGGAAACUGUGGCCGUCCCGCUGAGAAUCAGCAAACAUAUGUUACAUGUUCAGAUGAUAAUGUAUUUUGUGGGAAACUCGUAUGUACAGGUGUUCAAUCCUUACCACGAGUCAAAGCUCAACAUACAGUGAUCCAGGUCCCUCAUGACAAUGACUGGUGCUGGAGCAUGGAUGCCGAUAACAUUACUGAUAUGCCUGAUGAUGGAGAUGUGCACGUCGGCACUUCUUGUGCCCCAAACAAAGUCUGCACAGAUCACUCCUGCGUUCAUCACUCCAUACUCCUGUAUGACUGCAGACCAGAGGAAUCGUGUCAUGGGAAAGGAGUUUGCAACAAUUUAAGGCACUGCCAUUGUGAGCCUGGUUUUGCUCCUCCUGACUGCAAAAAUCCAGGAAAUGGAGGCAGUGUGGACAGUGGCCCUGCUGGUAAGCCAAGUGAUGAAAUUAUAAGCACAGAAGAAAAUCAAAAUCAUAUUGUUGGUCAUGGUAAUCCCCAAAGAGGUGACAUGAGUAAUAAUAAAAACAAAAGCCUAGGGAAGUCAGUGUACAUAGUCCCCCUGUUGCUUUUAGCAUUAUUUGCAGGUCUAAUUAUUCUUGCCAGUAUGGGAGCUAGGAAAGAGGUAUUACAGAGGUCACAAGAUUACACAGAAGGAACUCCAGAAGAGGUUGCACCAGAACAGAAAGUAGGCAAAGGAGAGGAAGAAGAGGCAAAAAAUGAGUUGUCCAAUAAAGCUAACAGCGGAUACACUGGGUGA